CCAGAGAAGCGACAUCACUCGUUGCGUUGCCGCCCGUCGCGUUGGUUGCUGUUGCUCCGUCCGUGUAUAUCUGUCUCUCUCGCUAGUCCGAUCCUGGGCCGCGUCUGGCAUCGUCGGACAUCGUCAGACAACGCCGAGCAAUGUCGGAAAACGACCAUGGGGGCAGGAUUAACACAACGGCCACAAUGCUGGCCCACAUGGCGCCCUGCCGGAACACAACGCCGGAGCAGUUGGCCCAGCUCAUCGAUGUGCACCUGGGCGAGCUGCGCGAGGAGGAGCCCAACUGGACGCUGGCAGCCUCGACAGUGGCCGGCCGCGGGGUGUUUGCCACCCGGGACAUCGCUGCAGGAGAACUGAUCUUCCGGGAACGCGCGCUUGUGGUGGGUCCUACGGCGCGCAAGGGCCAGCUGAGCACAUGCGUCUGUUGCCACCGAUUGCUACCGACGCAGGGCUUUCUGUGCAAGCAGCGCUGUACGCUGCCCGUGUGCGAGGCUUGCUCCGGAUCGUUGGCGCACCGUGCGGAGUGCGAACACUUCCGCCGCUGGCAGCCAAAGGAUGCGGAUGCUGAGGAAGAGCAGGUGAACCCACUGUCGCUGCGCAUCCUCACCGCCGUGCGGGUCUUCCACCUGGGCAAGGAGCAGCGCCACCUGGUGGAUGCCAUGCAGGCGAACGCGGAGCGGGGUUUCCGUCAGGAGAUCAUCAAGGCGGCACAAUGCUUCCGCAACUUUCCAACGACAGACAAGCCCUUCAUGGAUCAGCUUUUCCGCAUUGUCGGCGUGCUUAACACGAACGCCUUUGAGGCGCCCUGCCGCACCGACGGCCGGGAGACGCUGCUACGGGGCCUGUUCCCGCUAACGGCGAUUAUGAACCAUGAGUGCACCCCCAACGCCAGCCACUACUUCGACAACGGGCGUCUGGCCGUGGUGCGGGCUGCCAGAGACAUACCCAAGGGCGGCGAGAUUACCACUACCUACACCAAGAUCCUCUGGGGCAACCUCACGCGCGGCAUCUUCCUUAAGAUGACGAAGCACUUCAUGUGUGACUGCACCAGGUGCAACGACAAUACUGAGAACGGAACGUAUCUGUCGGCGCUGUUCUGCCGGGAGCAGGGCUGUCGGGGCCUGGUGAUACCCGUGCAGACCCGGACCCUGCAGCCCGACUGGCGAUGCCUGACCUGCGAGAAUGUCUUUCCCCAUUCGAAGAUGGCCAGAUAUCAGGACUUCGCCCUGAACACCAUCAACAAUCGGAUUAACUCGUGCAGCGUCCCCGACAUGAUACACUUCAUCAACGAUCUGUGUCCGCGAUUCUGUCCGCCCUCGAACUACGUUCUCAUCGAGGCUAAACUAAACGUGAUCUGGCGCAUGACCCGAUUCGACGCGGACCAGUACACGGCCGAGGAGGUGGCCCACAAGGACCGCUAUCGCGAGGACAUCCUGGCCAUUAUCCACAAGCUCGGGGCCGGCGAGUGCACCCUCAAGAAGCUCAUCACCGAGGAGAUACACUGAAGGCUGUCUGCCCAGGAGCCGCCUCCUUCUCUGUUUCCGUGUAUGAUUGUGUGGAUGUGGAUGAAAAGUGUGUGAGUGCGUUGUUAGUACUGUAUUUUUGUAAUCACAUAAGAAAACCAAUAAACACCAGGAUAUGUUGUACGUA